GCCCGGGGACGGGAGAGUGGAGCAUCUUCCCCGUCCUCCUCCCUCCCUCCAUCCUCGUCCUCCCUCCUUGCUCCGUUCCUUCCUUUCUUCUCUCCCUUCCUCCCCCUCCCCAUCCCCGCCCUUCUCCGAGUCUUCCCGGCGCGCGCGGCUAUGGCGUGAGGGGCGCCUCUGCCCCGCGGGGAUGGGCACCAAGCCGGGCCGGACCGAGCCGGUCUCGCCGCCGCCGGGCCCGGACUCCGGGGCCCCGUGUCCCGAACUGCUGGCGGUGGCGGAAGAGGCCUUCCGUGGCGGCAACUACGAGCUGGCGGCCGAGAUGUACGGCUCGCGGCUGGCCGAGCUGCCCCAGCCCGAGCGCAGCCUCUGCCUGCGACGAGGGGACGCACUGGCCCGAGCCGGCCGCGCCGCCGAGGCGCUGGACUCGUACAGCGUGGCCGCCCGCCUGGGCAGCCUGCGGCCGGAGGAGCUGAAGGAGCUCGUGGAGAGCUGCGCCCUGGCCAUCCGCGAGGAGCUGCGCCUGCCCCCCUGGGAGCCAGCCCCCGGCGGUGGCGGCGGCGGCGGCGGCGAGUCCAGCGCCGGGGAUGAGCCGGCUGCGGCCCCAGGCCCCCUCCCUCCAGCCGCCGCCGCUGCCGCCGCCUCCUCGUCCUCCGCCCUCCCCGCCGCCUGGGACUUGUUCUGCUGCCCGCGGUGCCGGCUCCUGCUCUGCGACCCGGUGACCCUGCACUGCGGACACACUUUGUGCAAGCGCUGCACCGAGACGGACCCCGGGCUCCCCGCCGGCCCCUGCUGCCCAGCCGCCAAGUCCCCGCCCAGUCGAAGGGACAGCUGCCCCUCUCGAGUCAACGUGGUACUGGGCAACCUGCUCGAGAAAUGUUUUCAGACGGAGAGCCGGGUGCGGAGGCUGGCCAGCCAGGCGGAGAGUUUGCGGCUCCAACACGAACUGGAUGCAGCCUUGCACAAAUACGACCAGGCGUUGGAUCUGGCUCCUGGGGACAGUUUGUUAACAGUACAACGAGCAGAAUUAUGCACAAUCAUGAAGAAGUAUAAUCAAGCCCUUCGUGAUGCAGACGCAGUUUGCAGAAGUAAACCCCUAUGGCCAAAGGGACAUUAUGUGAAAGCUCAGGCUCUUUCUGGAUUGGGAAGAACUGAGGAGGCAUUGAAGGAGUUUCUCUAUUGUGUUGCCUUAAAUCCUGGACGAGGAAUAAUAAAGAAAGAAGCCCAAAAGAUAAUGUGUGAAGUGUUUUUCCCAUCUUUGGAAAAUGUACAUGAAAAUUUAACAUCUUCCUUCCGAAGUCGAACACCUUACACCAGAUUGAAACCUAAAUUUAUGAGUAACAUAAAUACCCACUCUGAACUAGAAGAUGAUUCUAGUGCAGGAUGUUCUAAGGAUUCUUUGUUCCAAUUCAACAAAACUCUGUCCCAGGAGUCUGAUGUCUAUCAAAACUCUGAUUCUUCGGUUUCGCAUCAUGUACUCGAUCUACAUUUUGAAGAUAAAAAAAAGACUUUUAAAACAGCCCUUUCCAGUGUAUCUAGUGCUAGUUUAAAGAGAGAAUUUCCCGCUGAUUUGGAAGAUGUGCAGAAUUUGAACGUCCCUAACAAAAUUUCCAAGGAAGAUGUAGAGACCUUGCCUCAGAUUGUUCCAAAUACUAAAGUGGGAGAGAGUCCAGUAAUCUUGGUAGAUGCAUCAGACUUUGAAUGUUCUCUUUGUAUGAGGUUAUUCUAUGAGCCUGUUACCACACCAUGUGGACAUACUUUCUGCCUAAAAUGUCUUGAGCGCUGCCUUGACCAUACGCCAGAUUGUCCAUUGUGCAAAGAAAAGCUUUCUGAAUUUUUGGCAAGCAGAAGUUAUAAAAAAACCACAUUGACCGAAGAAUUAAUACUUCACUAUUUACCAGAAGAGUUAUCUGACAGAAAAAAAGUUUAUGAUGAUGAAAUGAAGGAGUUAUCAAAUUUGACUAAAGAUGUUCCCAUCUUUGUGUGCACCAUGGCCUUUCCUACAAUCCCUUGUCCACUACAUGUCUUUGAACCUCGAUAUAGGCUCAUGAUAAGAAGAUGCAUGGAAACUGGCACCAAACGGUUUGGCAUGUGUUUAGCUGAUGAGCUUAAAGGGUUUGCUGAUUAUGGAUGCAUGUUGGAAAUUAGGGAUGUCAGAUUUUUUCCUGAUGGAAGUUCAGUCGUUGAUACAGUUGGCAUUAGUCGCUUCAGGGUCUUAAGCCAUGGUCUGAGAGAUGGGUAUAACACUGCAAACAUUGAAUACCUUGAAGAUAAAAAGGUGGAGGGACCAGACUAUGAAGAGCUUGUCCAUCUUCAUGAUUCUGUGUAUGAUCAAGCUGUUUCCUGGUUCACUUCUCUUAAAGAGAACAUGAAAGCACAAAUUUUAAAUCAUUUUGGGUCAAUGCCAAGCAAGGAAUCCGAGCCACAGAGUAAUCCCAGUGGUCCAGCAUGGUAUUGGUGGCUCCUGGCUGUGUUGCCAUUAGAAAACCGGGCUCAACUUGCUAUACUUGGUAUGACAUCCCUUAAAGAUCGUCUAAUUGCCAUCAGGCGUGUAUUAAUAUUUGUAACACGAAAAAGACCCAGAUGACAAGGGCUAAUUUGUAAUCAGACAGAGGACAAACUGAGAUUUUUGUCUCUCUCAAGAUUGUUGGAAACCCUUAUGCUUUUAAGUGUCAAGCACAGGUGAAUAGCCAUCCAUUUUGGUGUGUGAGACACACUAAUUAUAGGGUCACAAAAUGGACAAUUUAUUAAACUUUGAACCCUACUCAGAAGUGAAAACACUGUGCCUGCCAUCCUGGUGGAACCUGAGCCUCUAUAAUGUAAUUCUACAGUUAUAAUGGAGUCCAUAGAUGUGGAAACAAUGUAAGAAAAACUCUUCAUAGUAAAUGCUUCUAGCCUGCAAUACACUGUGCUCAAAGCACUGGAACACCACAAGUGGCUUAUGUGCAGUUUGAAUUUGGUAGGGAAAAAGAACUCCCUUGACAGUAAAAUCUCUUGCUAAAUUAGGUGUAUUUGCCAGAGGGAAACUAAAUUUUCAUAUGGAAGUAGUUUUCCCAGAGCACAUUGCUGAUACACAAUGUUGCCACCCGUUUUUGUGUUUACGAAAUAUUCUUGUCUGUGAAGUUGAGUAGUUAAGGCAUUGUCCAAUGAAAGCUAUGUAAUGUCUACAUAAGUGAUAGCUACUAAAUAGAGCUGUAUUUGGUAGCCUGUAGUAGACCCUAGUGUUGUAAUUUGCAUGUUGUCAUCAAAUGAAUGUCAAAAUACAUCUGAAAGAGGUGUACUUUGAAAAUAGAAGAAUCUAAAAGUAGUAUAUCUGGUCAGAAGCUAGCUAUUCAGUAAGGAAACAACAAGACCAAGGUAGUUCACUACAUUUAUAGGGAUGUCAAAUAUACAGGCUAUAGGCUGGAGCUGGCCCACUGAAUAUAUAAAAAAUAUAAAUAACUCUGUCUUAUUAAUUCAAUGGAUGAUGUGUGUUUUGUGAAAUAUUAGUCUAGCCCACCAUUAUUUUCAUAAGCAGAAAGUUAGCCCAUCAACAGAUUUGCGUUUGACACCCCUCCGCUACUACAUGAAGAUGUUAAAGGCUGCUACGAAAUAGUUUUCUGUUUCAAUUCAGAUCCAUGGAAAGUUUAUAAUUGUGUGUGAUUGGUGUGGGUGUGUAAGCAUUCCGCAAAUAUUCCCUAUAACACCAGCUUAAAAUUCUUAACCCUUUGUUUUUAGAAGCAGAUAGCCUACAAUAAUCAGAACAGGUGUUAUCUAUUAAAGAAGUAUGCCUGUAUGUGCCAACCUAAGACAUAUUAUGUUUGGAACAGUGUUGGUUAAAAGAAUUAUUUUAACCUGUACUGGUUACUGUUCUGAUUUACAUAUCAGUUGGUGCAUGUGGACAGAUUCUUGGUCCAUGAUAUUGAUGUUCACAGUAUGAAAGAAGGCAUGGACUUAUGUAAAUGAAAGGCAAAUCUCACUUCAAGUUUUGUUAUCCUCAUUCAAUGUGUAUGGUAUUUGGUUUUUUUAAAAUAUACUUCAUAAUACCAAAUGUUUCUGGUUUGUCAGUCCGUUAAUCAGAUAAUUAGGAAUUUAGUAAAAUGACAGUAUUACUUUAGUUCAAGUUGUAUGGGUUUCCAGUACACAAAACUACUUGUAUAAGCAGAAGGUUGGGGGUGGGGUAAAUUUUAUCUUUCCAAGAGACAUGGAGGGUUCCUGUGCCAUGUUAUACUUUUAAGAAAAGGAAUUUUGAAAAUAUUUCAUGAUCAAAUGUUUAAAGUGCCUCACUUGCUUAUUUUGAAUUUCUUAUCUCAGUACAGAUGUAGUUUAAAAUCAGUUUGCCCAAAUUAGUUCUAAAAUAUUGCAUCAAUAAAAACAUUUAACAACUUUAA